UAAAAUUUAUAUUGUGCUCGUUAUCAUUUAUUUCUUGGAGUAAUUAUUUAAAUAUAAUAUUUGUGGAAUAAAAAUAUUUCGAGUACAACUGAAGACAGAGAAAAUGCUUUUGCAAGGACAAAGUGUUAUCGCCUACUUGAGUUUGAUUCUAGUUUGGGUCACUUUCAGUGAUGCAGCGGAAAUACUUAACGCAACCGAAGAUUUUAACAAUUUAUUGAUGAUCAAUAGAAAUGGUGAAUCCGUAUAUAUAUCAUAUGAAUUAAUGAACAAGUUGACUUUAGAGCAGGAGAGUUGGCAUCUGAAGCCAUGGUUACGAACAAGGACUGCGGUAUUAGAUGGAGUUGUAAAUGAUAUUUCUUGUUUCGAAGACCCUUCUAGUAAUAAUUUUCCUGAAGGCAUAUUUGAUGAGGACCAACUACGGAAGGGGGCGUUUUUGUUAUAUGCAUUAUUUGGAAUUUAUACGUUUACAUUAUUAGCAAUUGUGUGCAAUGACUACUUCAUUCCGAGCGUAGAGUUUAUAUGUGAAGAUUUAAAAAUACCGCAGAAUGUGGCAGCGGCUACAUUUAUGUCCGUGGCCACUUCAUUUCCAGAGUUUUUUGUUAACGUAAUAUCAACAUUUCUCACUGAAUCUGACAUGGGAAUAGGAACAAUUAUUGGAUCUGCAAUUUUCAAUGCUCUCGGCGUUGGUGCCAUAGGCGGUCUAGCCGCAGUACAUUCAAUUGCAAUCGAACCUCAGCCAGUAACUAGAGAUGUUAUAAUAUAUAUGGUCAACGUUAGUGUCCUGGUAAUAUUUGUGUGGGAUGGACAAAUUGACUGGUACGAGGCAAUGGUACUGGGCAUACUAUACAUUGUCUACUUUGUGAUAAUGUUUAACAGUCUAAGACUAUUUGCUCUUUUCGACAAACUAUUUGGAAAAUGUAUUCCUAAAGGUUCAUCCUCUGUCAAUACUAUUGAUACAUCUCUUAACGAAAAUAAUAACAAAUCUGUUGAGGAAGGAUUUGAUAAUAAAGAAGGCGAAGCCAAUAAAACAGUCAAUGGAUCUACCAACGAUAAGGCUAUAGCUGCUGAAAAUGUUGAAGAAACUGAGUCGAAACCACCGACAAGUUUAUGGCGAUUUCCUAAAGAAAAAUCGUUGAUUAAAAAAAUAUGGUGGCUCUACACUUGGCCGCUUAAACUAAUUCUCGGAUUGACUAUCCCUUCGCCUGUGAAAUAUAGAAAAUUAUAUCCACUGGCAUUUUUCAUGUGUAUCGUAUGGAUUGGAAUAAAUUCAUAUUUCGUUACUUGGAGCAUGACUGUUAUAGGUGAAACCUUCUUCAUUCCUGAGUCAGUGAUGGGAAUGACAUUCUUGGCAUUCGGCGGAUGUUUACCAGAGGCUUGUUCUAUAUUCAUCAUGUCUCGACGAGGCGAAGGCGGCAUCGGUGUAUCGAAUGCGUUGGGCGCGAACUCUUUAGCGAUAUUGUUUGCAUUAGGACUGCCGUGGUUGAUCAAAACUUUGGCAAACGUCGCCCAAGGUGCCGAUCAGACGGCCAUCUUAAUUAAUUCGGCUGGAAUUGACUUCAUCGUGGGCUCCCUGCUGGUGGCUGUCACAUGUUUAUGGAUUACUUUAUACCUUGGAAAGUUUAAAUUAAGAAAAUCUGUUGGAGCCAUAUUAGCAAUUCUCUACGUUAUAUGUAUAACUUUCGCGAUUCUUGUCGAGAUGGGUGUUAUUUUUGACAGGGGACUCGAAAAUUGUUGAUCCGUGCGGCUCGUGUUGUAGUGCGUCGUUGAUUUCUAACCACUGUUAUUAGUGUGUUAUUUACAUUAACAUUGUGUGGCAGAACAUUACAAUUAGACAAAACUUGGCUUGAAGUGUCAAUUGAAUUGUAAUAUUUAUGAUUUUAAUUACAAAUAUAUGUGCAGUAAUUAAUACAUACACCCAAAGCAAAGAUUGUUUGUGAUUACUUUUGGUUGUUAUAGUUCAUAUGUCUACUUAAGUACUAUUAGGAUGAAUGACUUAUUGCAUUUGCGCAAUGCCCAUAAUAAUGUCGAAUUGGAUUGUGAUUGAAUUUGGAUGUGAAAUAUUGAUGAUGAUCUCAUCAAGCCAGGUCUUUAAUGGUGUUGGUAGAGAAAACAAGUAUUUUUUUUACAAUUUGGAGUUAUUUGAUUAAUUUAAUAUGAAAAUUCAAAAAAUAUAUCUACAAAUAUAAGUAGCUUUCGAAAUAAAAAUAAUAGUAUGUGAAUAUACGUACAUAUACUAAAAAAUUACAGAAAAAAAUACUGAUUAUAAAUGUCACAUAUGAAGUCAAAUAUAUUAUAAAAUAGGAUCAUAAGACGCUGUUAAUUUUAUUUUAUAUAUUCUACAGCACCGUUUUAAAUAUAUAUCUUCAAAUAUUGUGAUUUAGAAUGAAAUGACAAUAAGGAGAGUGUCAAUGAUGUCUGUGAUGUUAGAAAUUAAUUUAGAUCUGAAAUGCGAUACGUAUCGUAUAUACGAGAAAUGCAUUAGCGUGCAUAAAUCAUUGAGGUAUUAUGCUCUAAUGUAAGUCCUAGAAAAGAUACAUUUGCUAUAAGUGUCUCUAUGGAUUGCGGCAUCAGUGCCGCUAUUAUACUCAGUUCCUAGACGCUCGCUAGUGUAGUCGCGUCUGAAAAAUAAACGUAAUCUGAAUAAUAUUCCGUGUUGUGUAAUAAAAUAUAAUACAUACAUAUAUACUAUAAUUCAAGAAAUAAUUAAAUCAAAAAGAGUAACUGUUUAUUAUGUUCCCUAAGACUCGUGGCGUUUGUUGUUAUUCGUUGUUUAUAUUUGUCUUUUCCUUUAUAUACUUUUAGACAUAAUACCUCAAUGUAGGAUCAACAAAUUUGUGUUAUGUAUAUAAAUCUAUGAUUAGUGAUUUUGAAAAUGUAUGUUAUAUUUGUUCCACUUUUGGUUUAAGUUGUCGAUUGCUUAACCCCUCUUUCCCUCAUGUACAUAAAAAGUGGAUUUAAAUUGGUUACUACAUAAUAUACUACUUAUUUAUUUACAUAUUCGUUUUUCUAAUAUACAUUCUUAUAUACAUUAACGAAAU